GGAUUUCUAAUGGUAGCAAAGUAGUCUAUACCAUAACUAGAGAAGAACCAGAUAAUUCAUUUUCAACCCUUUUUAGUGCAAUAAUUGCUGCAUAUAAUUGGAAUUCAAAUUUAUUUGAUACAUGGAGAUUUUGGCCUAUCAUCAUAAUUGGUGUGGUUGUAAUAUAUUAUUGCUUAAUUACUAUACUUUGUAAUAAUAAUAAUACUUCUAAAUUCAUUAAAAGUGCGGCUUUUGAGAAUGCUAAUAAAAAUGGAAAACGUGCUGUUCUCGGCUUUCAAAGUAGAUUGAUUUAUGAUUAUGCAAAUCUUGAAGGUUCUGCUUUUACUUCAAAAAAGAGUGAAUUUGUUUCCAAGGCUAAAGAUAAGUUUAGGGAAUCAACUCCAAUGUAUUUGGAUGCUGAAAGUCAAAUACAUACUGAACAUAAUAACAAAUUUUUUAUUAAUAAUGAUGAUAUGAAAUCUAUUUUGGCUUCAGACAAUGACGAUAAGGUUACACAGAGUUGA